GUUAUUCUGUCAUCUUUUUUCCCAAACGCAAUAAACGCCACUCCUCCUUUUUUACAGAAUGCCAUAAAUCCACUCCACAGAUUACAGCGCACCAUUCACGCAAUGUAAACAAACAAUGGCGGCUCGCUGAGUACACGGAGUCCUAGUUUUCCUCAUCUACUUUGUACUUCAUGAUCAACAAACAAACAAAAACAAAAUAAUACUUUAAUAGCAUUGAUAAACCUGUGAUGGAAACGUAAGUCAUCAACAUCUAAUAAUUCACGCAAGAGGCACUUUGGGAGACGAUCGCUUGUUUGCCCGGACCGACAGCAUCAAGUUUCUGUCAUGAUAACACAUUGACCCCAGGGGAUCUUAUGAAAAACUUUCCAUAAUUUUACUCAGUCAACGAAAAUCGAGCAGGACCAAAACAUUUUACAGCUGAUCGCUGUGAAAAACGUUAAGCGAAGACGUCAAGUAUAACCGCAGCAAUGACAGUGUUCUUAAUAUCACAAACUGGAUGCUAUUUCUGAGGAGAAAAACUGGAGAAACAGUGGUUCUGUCACAGCUCACCAAACCAUACAGGAAAAAAGAUGGAAUAAAGAUGAUGACAUCCCCCUCACAAAAAAUGUGAUUGCUUUAAGAGACCAUCUCAGGAUGGUAGAAGAUGAAGCAAGAAAGGAAUUGACAGAACAAAUGGAUUUAGAUGCAUACAAAACAUUAAACGAGUCCGUUCUAGCACAGGUCAUUAUCUUCAACAAGCGGCGUGAAGGGGAAGCAUCACGCCUUACUCUUGACGUUUACAUGAAAGCAAGCACAAGUGCCAUAAACGAGGACAUUUAUAAAACCUUGUCACCAUUGGAAAAGCAGCUCAGCAAGUUAUUAACCCGCAUAGAAAUCAGAGGAAAACGAGGAAAGAAAGUUCCAGUUUUCUUGACAAAGAGAAUGAAGGCAUCAAUUGAUUUGUUGGUUCAAAAGCGAGUGGACGCUGGUGUACCUGCUGAAAAUCCCUAUCUCUUUGCAAGACCCGGUGUGAUGACAAACAUACGCGGAUGUGACUGUCUGCGGAAAUAUGCAAAAAAAAGCAAAGCAGAAAACCCUGAACUCUUGAGGUCAACUAAAUUAAGAAAACAAGUUGCCACACUCUGCCAACUCUUGGACCUUAGUGAACAAGAACUGGAGCAAGUUGCAAGAUUCAUGGGACAUGAUAUCAGAGUUCACGGUGACUUUUAUAGGCAAACGGACAAAAUAUUUCAAAUUGCCAAAAUAAGUAAGCUUCUGUUUGCAAUGGAGCAAGACACUCAGACUUUAAGGGGGAAGAACCUUAAUACACUUGCACUGGCCCGUGGUGAAGGUCCCACACUGAAUUCUGUGGGUGUCUCACCGAGAACAAAGAAAAAGAGAGUAAAGCUGGCUGAGGAUGGAGGUUCUGAUCUCUCCUCCGCUAAAAAGACACGUCAAUCAUGCCGUGAAGCUGAUGGUUCAGAUGUAGAUGAUGAUUGUUCAGGAGCAAACCUGAAGAAAAACCCCACACCAAAUAAGAAAAGACGACGACAGACCAAGAGUGAGAAAACAAAGUAUGGAGGUUCUGAUCUCUCCUCCGCUGAAAAGACAUGUCAAUCAUGCCGUGAAGCUGAUGGUUCAGAUGUAGAUGAUGAUUGUUCAGGAGCAAACCUGAAGAAAAAACCCACACCAAAUAAGAAAAGACGACGACAGACCAAGAGUGAGAAAACAAAGUAUGGAGGUUCUGAUCUCUCCUCCGCUGAAAAGACAUGUCAAUCAUGCCGUGAAGCUGAUGGUUCAGAUGUAGAUGAUGAUUGUUCAGGAGCAAACCUGAAGAAAAAACCCACACCAAAUAAGAAAAGACGACGACAGACCAAGAGUGAGAAAACAAAGUAUGGAGGUUCUGAUCUCUCCUCCGCUGAAAAGACAUGUCAAUCAUGCCGUGAAGCUGAUGGUUCAGAUGUAGAUGAUGAUUGUUCAGGAGCAAACCUGAAGAAAAAACCCACACCAAAUAAGAAAAGACGACGACAGACCAAGAGUGAGAAAACAAAGUAUGGAGGUUCUGAUCUCUCCUCCGCUGAAAAGACAUGUCAAUCAUGCCGUGAAGCUGAUGGUUCAGAUGUAGAUGAUGAUUGUUCAGGAGCAAACCUGAAGAAAAAACCCACACCAAAUAAGAAAAGACGACGACAGACCAAGAGUGAGAAAACAAAGUAUGGAGGUUCUGAUCUCUCCUCCGCUGAAAAGACACGUCAAUCAUGCCGUGAAGCUGAUGGUUCAGAUGUAGAUGAUGAUUGUUCAGGAGCAAACCUGAAGAAAAAACCCACACCAAAUAAGAACAGACGGCGACAGACCAAGAGUGGGGAAGCUAAGGAUGGAGGUGCUGAUCUCUCCUUCCUUGAAAAGCGACUUAAGUCAUGCCGUGAAGAUGGUAGUUCGGAAUCAGAUGUAGAUGAUAAUUGUUCAGGAGCAAACCUGCUGAAAAAACCCACACCACAUAAAAACAUAGGACGACAGACCAAAAGUGCCAAAGUGUUGGCCAAGGUAAAUGUGAAGAGACCAUGGAGUGAGGCAGAGAGGAGUGCAGUACACAAACACUUGGCCAAGUUUAUAGCCGAGCGCAGAGUUCCUGGAAAACUGCCAUGCAUGAAGUGCAUAGAGGAAGAAGAAGCCCUAAAUGAACGAUCUUGGAAGGAUGUGAAGAAUUUUGUGUACAACACAAUUGUAACUCUAAAUCGGAGAUCUGCUUCAAGAAAACUAAAAUUUUAAAGGCAAAAUGUGGUGUUCAUCUCAAUCUCUCUUUCUCUGUUUCUCACUUUUCCUUUUUUUUUGGUUUUAACAUUUUGUUGUAACGUUUACUGUUUUCUGAAAUUGUUAAAAUAAAUGUUCAUCUGGUUACUGCA